GUGCGAAUGCAAAUUUAGCGAGUGCGAAUUGAAUUUAGCGAGUGCGAAUUGAAUUUAGCGAGUGCGAAUUGAAUUUAGCGAGUGCGAAUUGAAUUUAGCGAGUGCGAAUUGAAUUUAGCGAGUGCGAAUUGAAUUUAGCGAAUUUUGAAACAAACGGACGACCAUAGCUGUUUGCUGACGUAUUACACUAUUUUAUCUCACCUUUUGUCAUUUGAGUAUGUGGCACUUUGGGCAUAGUUUUCAAUGUGCGCUUCCUAUCUAAGCACAAUGUAAAGCUUAGUAAGAAUGUAAGAUAAAAUUUCGAAAAAAUACUGGAUUGAAAUGUCAUCAUUACAAAUGAAAUUAAAUUUUUAGCAUAGGCUGGACAGCAAGAAUUUACCUGAAGGUUAAAAGAAUGUUGUGUGACACAAAUUACAUUUAAUGACAGAUUUUCGCCAGGUUUUUAAACGCCGCGCUUCCUAUAGCUAUACGCCGCACAGUGACAUUGGAAUUAAUACUGUUACCCGAUCCUCACGUUGUAUAUGAAGAACGUAUCAAUAAAAUAUUUGUAUGAUUGUAUCCAAUAAUUUAUUUGCAGUGCAUAGAGCCGGGGCUGUGGGUUAGGAGUAUAAAUAUGCGUAAAGUUCAAUUCCAAUAUGACCAAUAUGCUAAUGGCAUUGUCUUGCGUUAUACCAUUACUUUUAUUGGCUUAUAAUGUGCGGAUCGGCUGAUUACUUGUAUAGUUAACACUGACAAAUAUUGGUUUAUUCAAGCCAAACAAUAAAUCAACAUGAGAAUGAUAAGAUCGUAUAAACAUCUACAUAUUGCGGUCUAGUAGGGUCUACUAUAGCUAUGGUUUAAUAAUUGUAACGUGCCGAGCACAAUGUCAAUGCAAAACAAGUGCGCGGAGUCAAAGCCAGAGUGGCGAGCCAUUUAUUAAAUAAAGCACAAUCUUAUAUGAUACAAUUGCGUGGGAGCCUUGGCCUCUCCCAAAAGAAACUACGUCAUUUACACAAACAACAAGCUUCGGUCGCCUAAUCCUAUUACUGUAAUUUCGAUUUACUUCAUUGCCACAUUUGCCAUAACGCAACGAAAACAACUCAUGAAAAUAUUUAAUCAAAAAUCUUCAAAAUGUUAGGUUUUUCCCCGAUUUCGGCCAUUCCCCGGCCAUUCCCCGCUCAUUCCCCGACCAUUCCCCGCUCAUUCCCCGCUCAUUCCCCGGCCAUUCCCCGCUCAUUCCCUUCCCCGUUCCCUUCCCCGUUCCCUUCCCCCAUUCCCCGUUCCCCGUUUUAAAGAUAGUCGGGAAAACACUGUAGUAAACAUACUGUUUAUAUUCGGUACUGUAUUGAGGUGUAGCGUAGGUGUUUUUUACUGUAAUAUAUGGAUGAAGAGGAAGCAAUUAGAUAUUACUUUUUCAGAAGGUAUGAGUAUAGCACGAUAUUAGAUUUUCUGGAUAAAUAUCACGACAUAAAAAUGUCAAAACGGACUCUUUUGAAUCGUUUGAAGCAAUAUGGUUUAACCCGACGAAAUUGUGACAUAAAUGAAGCUGUUCUUCGACAGCACAUUAGCAUAGAACUCGAAGGAGCUGGAAACCUACUUGGCUACCGAGCAAUGUGGCGAAAACUACAUUUAAAGUAUGGAAUAAAUGUGCCAAGAUCUGCUGUAGAAAUCCUGUUGAGAGAGAUGGACCCAGAAGGAACCAGGCUUAGACAAGCCCACCGGCUGAAAAGACGAAAUUAUAUCAACCCAAAGCCAAAUAACUGUUGGCACGCGGACGGAUAUGACAAAUUGAAGCCUUAUGGACUACCUAUACAUGGCUGCAUCGAUGGCUUUAGUCGGCGUGUGAUAUGGUUAAAACUUGAAAUGAGUAAUAAUGAUCCUAAAGUAAUUGGAAAGUUAUUUAGAGAUGCUGUUAUUGAAGUUGGAGGAUGCCCAUCAAUCCUUCGAACUGAUCGAGGUACUGAAAAUGGAAUUAUGUCCUCAGGUCAGUGCUUCCUCAGAAGAAAUGGUACUGAUUCAUUUGCUGGCUUAAAAGCUCACCGUUUUGGUUCCUCACACAGCAACCAACGCAUUGAAGCUUGGUGGGCCUACCUAAGGCGAUCAUGGACUUCAUGGUGGAUUAACUUUUUCAAAGACCUGAUAGACGCAGGGAAUCUUGAUACUAGCAAUAAAAUGCAUAUGGAGUGCAUUUGGUUUUGUUUCAAUAAGAUCAUACAGAAAGAACUGGAUGAAGUAAGAGAGGAAUGGAAUAAUCAUUAUAUCCGAAAGUCUCGACACCAUACCGCUUCAGGAAUAUAA